CGGACCACACCGGCCGGCGCCCCCGACGGUGGAUCUAGCUGCUUAGAGGAGGCGGGCACCGGCCCCUGCGAGCUCCAGCCCCGGUCCCCGGCCCCGGGCCCGGCUCCGGCAUGGAUGUGAGGUUCUACCCCGCGGCGGCCGGGGACCCCGCCGGCCUGGACUUCGCGCAGUGCCUGGGGUACUACGGCUACAGCAAGUUUGGAAGUAACAAUAACUACAUGAACAUGGCUGAGGCAAACAACGCUUUCUUUGCAGCCAGCGAGCAGACGUUCCAUACACCCAGCCUCGGGGAUGAGGAGUUUGAAAUACCCCCGAUCACGCCUCCUCCAGAGUCAGACCCUGCCCUGGGCAUGCCUGAUGUUCUUCUACCUUUGCAAGGCCUCAGCGAUCCGUUGCCUUCCCAGGGAAGUGAAUUCACACCCCAGUUUCCCCCUCAGAGCCUGGAUCUUCCUUCCAUUACCAUCUCAAGGAACCUCGUGGAACAAGAUGGCGUGCUUCAUGGCACUGGGUUGCACAUGGAUCAGAGCCACACUCAAGUGUCACAAUACCGUCAGGACCCCUCCCUGAUCAUGAGGUCCAUCGUCCACAUGACAGAUGCCGCUCGCUCUGGGAUCAUGCCUCCUGCCCAGCUCACCACCAUCAACCAGUCUCAGCUCAGCGCCCAGCUGGGGUUGAAUUUGGGAGGUGCGAGCAUGCCCCACACGUCUCCUUCACCUCCAGCGAGCAAAUCGGCAACCCCCUCCCCUUCCAGCUCCAUCAAUGAAGAGGAUGCGGAUGAAUCCAACAGAGCCAUUGGAGAGAAAAGAGCUGCUCCAGAUUCUGGCAAGAAGCCCAAGACUCCAAAGAAAAAGAAAAAGAAAGACCCCAAUGAGCCACAGAAGCCAGUGUCAGCAUAUGCCCUGUUUUUCAGAGACACACAGGCUGCAAUUAAAGGUCAAAACCCCAAUGCCACCUUUGGAGAGGUCUCAAAAAUCGUAGCGUCUAUGUGGGACAGCCUGGGAGAGGAACAAAAGCAGGUAUAUAAAAGGAAAACGGAAGCUGCCAAAAAAGAGUACCUGAAGGCCCUGGCCGCAUACAGGGCCAGCCUCGUUUCUAAGGCUGCCGCUGAAUCAGCAGAAGCCCAGACCAUUCGUUCUGUUCAGCAAACCCUGGCGUCCACCAAUCUGACACCCUCCCUCCUUCUCAGCCCCCCGCUGUCUCAACAUGGAACAGUGUCGGCACCACCUCAGACUCUCCAGCAAUCGCUCCCCAGAUCAAUCGCUCCCAAACCCUUAACCAUGAGACUCCCCAUGAACCAGAUUGUCACGUCGGUCACCAUUGCAGCCAACAUGCCAUCGAACAUUGGGGCUCCGCUGAUCAGCUCCAUGGUUGGCUCAGCAUCCUCCACCCAGGUGAGCUCUUCGGUCCAGACCCAGCAGCAUCAGAUGCAGCAGCAGCAGCAGCAGCAGCACCAGAUGCAACAGAUGCAGCAGCAGCAGCUCCAGCAGCACCAGAUGCAUCAGCAGCUCCAGCAGCAGAUGCAGCAGCAGCAUUUUCAGCACCACAUGCAGCAGCACCUGCAGCAGCAGCUCAGCCAGCAGCAGCUGCAACAGCAGCUGCAGCAGCACCUCCAGCUGCAGCAGCUGCAGCACAUGCAGCAUCAGUCCCAGCCUUCUCCGCGGCAGCCUUCCCCGGUCACCUCCCAGAUGACGUCCCCCGGCCCCGCCAUUGGGAGCCCCCAGCCAGCCUCUCAACAGCACCAGUCGCAAAUACAGUCUCAGACGCAGACUCAAGUGUUAUCGCAGGUCAGUAUUUUCUGAAGAUGCACGCGGCAGGCGGGUUUGCGCAUCUUGGGGGAGAGUGGCGUCAUCGGAGGGUAAACCACAUGUGGCUGAAACUCGGAAGUCGGUGUUGGUUAUGCAGAAAUGUGUAACAGACCACGCGGUCCUCUCAAGUGUCUAUUAGAUAGGCAAUAAGAACUACAGUGUAGCUGAAAAUCAUCUUCUAGCGGACUCUAAAUCACUUUGUUUUUAAACAAGAAAAGCUGUGCUCUUUUAUGUGAUGCCUUUUUUAUUUAUUCAGGCUGUACCUACAAUAUGUGAAUCAAACCGUUUAAUGAAUCCUGGGACAUACUGAUGACUGUAAUAAACUGGCCUCUUUGAGUCAUAGCAAAUGGCCUUAUUUCUCCAGAAGUGAAUAAACCACACUUCCAGGCGACUGGAACGUCCGAAGCCCUAAAAAUAAAAAGCACAGUCGUAACUACCUGAAAUAUGAAGAACCAGUUUCAUACAAACAUUUGUAUGACGUCAAUCGUUGAUGGCAUUUUUUUGUCAUGAAAAAAAAAAUGUAAAUCACAGACUUUUGCCAAAGCUCUUAUUUUUUUUUUCCUUAAAUCUCUCCAGAAAAAAAAAAAAUGCAAGUGAUUAGAUUCAAUUAUUGACUCAUUUUUCACUUUUUACCCAUGACUUCUCCAAAUCAAACCACAGUAUAUGUUGGAAUAGUACCUAUGACCACUGUUAGCCCAUUAUACUCAUGCCAAUUAGAAGACAAGAAUGUGAAUAUUAUAUUCUGUGUUUUGAGUGACAAGUUUCGAAAAUUAAAAACACUGUAUUUUUAAAAGGGAAAUGCACUUAAAUGAAAACAGUUAUUACAAAAGUUAAGAUUUAAAAAAAAAAAGCAAGAGUUUUUAUUAUGAUGUAAUACCGGUAGAAUAUUUAAAAGGCACACCACAUCGGAAUAAUCAAUGUAAAUAUUUUCUUUCAAAGUUGUAAGUUUUCAUAUCAUGUGUUGUAAAGUUUUCAUAAACGAGGCUUUAACGUAAACACUGGUGACACGAACCAUUCAUUGCUACGUUGCUUCUUGUGUUUUUAUGCUGUUUUAUACUUUUUUAUGAGUUAUGAUAGCAGCAAUUAAGUUGUUUGUAUUUUGCUUAACUAAAACAAAAAUGCUUUUAUCUUGCUAUAGAAUAAACACAUUUCAGUAAAAACCGUGGACUGUAUUUUGAUGCAACAACCAGGAAACUGUUCACUUUUCAAAUAAAAUGAUAUGUUAAAUUUCACUUUCGGUUCUUUGAAUAUGUAGAAGGUGAGGAAAUAUGUCCACAUACCAACUUGUGUUGGAACCCCAGCAUCGGUUUCCAUUUUUAGUUGGAAAUAAGAGAUGCAGAGCUAAGCAUUUGGAUUGCAUGGUCCCAAAUCAGGGCCUGUGAAAAAGAAAAGAAGCCAUCAGAAAUACUUUUAUAAUUAUAAUUUUGUUAAGAUGCAAGGGAAAGGUAAGUGUAGAGGAAAAAGCAAUCAUCUCUUUGGGGCUAGAACCAACUGGCAUUGUGUUGUUACCGCUAUUAAAACGGAUGGCGAAUGCUAAUUCUUAAGCCAAAAUAAUUAUUUCGGUGCCCAUUUCUUCCCCCCUUUUCUUGCUCUGUAGUGGCUCCUCUUUGAGAACAGUGUGACCACUAUCCCCAGUUGUCUUGCAUGAUUAAUUACAGCAUCUGUCCUGUCAGAAGCUAUAAUGAAGAGGUCUUGAUAAAAAUUGCAAAUUACCACUGGCAACAGUCUUAAACUGCUUAUGAUAAAAUGAAAAUUAAAAACAGCAAGUGUCAACCCUGACCAGAAUCCUAAUCUGGAAAAAAAUGAGGGUGUGAGUAGGGGCAGCCAUAGCUACUGUGUGCAAGACAUUAAAAAAAAAAAUAAUGGAAUAUGGAUUCCUCAAAGUUGUUGUUGUAUUUCAAAGAAUAUUUACUGUACGUUGUGGGCUAUGAAUAAUGAAUUCAGCUUUCAAUAUUUCAUAAUCCUCUCGUACUCUGUGUUAUGUACAAAUAUUGAACAGCAAGAGCUUCUAAUUAUAAAUUUAUAGAUUUCUUGCUGUAGAAAAAUUUGUGUCUAAAUUGAAGCUUUUCAUAAGAUGUAUUAGUUGACAGGUAUCAGUGUUCAAACAGUCCAAGAAUGGUGCCUAAUCACAUCUACAAAGGGGCAACUAUAUUCCACAAAGAACUGAUUCCACGUCAGACCCAUCAGAAGCAGAGCUGAUGGCAAAAGAUUUUUCUGUGAAUUGAAACUAACAUUACAUAACAAUAAGAACCAUUUUAUACUCUGUUGUGAAACCUUUAGACAAAUGUCUUCCAAAUUAAUUGCUAAACUACAUGUGACAGUAAUUGUGUAUUAGUUCUGUAAUUGUCAUUUUGAAAACCCAUGAAGUAUUGCUUGGAAAAAAAAAAUGUCACUAGUGAUAAGACUUAAUUGCAAAUGAAGUCUGUUUUCAACUGGUUUGCAGUUAGAAGCAGGUGUUGUAUCAUCUAUUAAAUGAUUUUAUAAAUCUUG